AUGCGGAAAGCUAAGAGGGGUGGUGAUGAUCUUACUAGAAACUUUCGUAAGAACAGAAGAGCUUGCAAGAAUGACUCAUUGGUGUCAGGUUGCUUCUUUGGGGAAUCUAAUCAAGAUGUUUGGACUGGGCUCGGUGAUGAGCUAAAAUCAUAUUUUUCUAAACAUGUCGCCUCUAUUACUUUGUGCAAUGGAAACACGAUCUUAUUUUCAUGCUCGGGCAUAGCUAUGCAAUGCCAGGAGCGCCAUCUUACAAAGUUUUUGACUUCUGCAAGUUUGGUUAGAGUUCUCAAUGGUACAAACAAAGACCAUGAUGACUUAAAUAUUCGAGUGCGCCAUGAAGGCAAUGAAGUGUAUAAAGGGGUUGUGGCUGAAUUUGAUUUAGAUCACAACUUUGCUGUUGUCGAUGUCCAUACCUUCCUUGACGUUCAGGUUGGACCUUUUCGUUGUGCUCUAGAAAGUCUGCCCCAUGGUGAGGUAUUAGUUGUAGGGCGUGGUGUCUCUGGUGAAAUAUUGGCCAAGAGUGUGGUAUUGAAUGGUGAUUCAAGAGUAUCUAAGGAUGAUGAAGAUCUCAAUUGUAAAAUCUCAGAGGCUUGGGAAGGUGGGCCAUUUCUUUCUGUUGAUAGGAAUGUUGUUGUCAUGAACCUUUUUUUGACUAUGAGAAGAACCGUUUUCCUACCAUGGGGCACAAUUCUCAAGCAUCUGGAGUUUGGAGCAAGAUCCGUAGGUGAGAAAUCUAACAGCCAUCCAGAAGUACAUGGAGAUUUUCUCGAUCAGGAACAGUUAGAUCUAGAUUUCAUGGGCUACCCUAAGUUACCAUCAACCAUGUCACGAGCUGGCAUGAAUUUGGCUUAUACUUUUGAAGAUACUUUUGGCAACAAACUUGGUGAAGGUGUCUGGAGAAAAUUCAGUAAAAGAACUUUUUCUACCGUAGAUCUCAAUGUUGUCGCAUUGGCUUCAUUCAAUGAAGAAAAAAGGUUUUUUGCAUGCACUGGUUUUUUUAUUGAAUGGAAUGGAUCUAUGAUAAUUUUAACAUCAACAAGCUUGGUUAGAACUUCCAGUGAUGAGAACAAGAUUGUUGAAAACUUGAGGAUUGAAGUGUUGCUUAACAACCAAUGCAAAGAAGGGACGUUAGAGCAUUAUGAUCUACAUAACAACGUUCCUCUAGUCAGUGUCAAGAAUUACCCUGCUCUUUGCCCAUUAAAUACUCUGGUGGAUUGGGACAUGAGUUUUAAAGUAGCAGCUGUAGAGCGUUGCUUCAAAUCAGGCGUGUUAAUGGCUACCAGUGGGGAUAUGGUUUCUUGGUUAGGCACUCUUGAUUGUGAGUUCCUGGUACGUUCCACGUUUAAAAUCAGUAAGGCUGGGAUUGGAGGCCCUCCUGUUAAUCUUGAUGGGGAUGUUAUUAGCAUGAACUUCUAUGAUAAGAGAAUAGGAACACCUUUCCUGUUAUGGGAGGACAUUUGUGAAAUUCUAGCAUACUUUGAGACAAAAAUAAACUUAGUGAAGUUGGCAAUGACAGUUAUUGCUCUGAUGCGCCCUGUAAACUGCCUGGAGACGACAAAAUUAAGUUAA